GUUUGUCAUGAAUUGGUUUUCUUCCAUAGGUUGCAAAGCGUCUGGAGAAGUUCAAAACAACAAUCUUCACACAGAUGAGCAUGCUUGCUAUUAAACAUGGAGCAAUAAACCUAGGUCAAGGCUUCCCAAACUUUGAUGGCCCAGAGUUCAUCAAAGAAGCAGCAAUUCAAGCGAUAAGAGAUGGGAAAAACCAAUAUGCAAGGGGCUAUGGUCUUCCAGAUCUCAACUCUGCUAUUGCUGCCAGAUUCAAGAAAGAUACAGGUCUCGUAGUGAACCCUGAAAAGGAAGUGACCGUCACUUCUGGCUGCUCUGAAGCAAUCGCUGCUACCAUCCUCGGCUUGAUAAAUCCCGGUGAUGAAGUGAUUCUCUUUGCUCCAUUUUAUGAUUCUUAUCAAGCUACCCUUUCAAUGGCUGGAGCCAAAAUAAAAUCCCUCACCCUUCGCCCCCCAGAUUUCUCAGUUCCACUAGAGGAGCUUAAGUCUGCUAUCUCAAAGAACACCCGCGCAAUCCUCCUAAACACUCCUCAUAAUCCAACCGGAAAAAUGUUUACUAAAUCAGAGCUUGAAACAAUUGCAGCUCUCUGCAUAGAGAAUGAUGUCUUGGUUUUUGCUGACGAAGUUUAUGACAAGUUAGCAUUUGAAGCUGAACACAUAUCUAUAGCUUCACUUCCUGGAAUGUAUGAGAGAACAGUGACUAUGAAUUCACUGGGAAAAACUUUCUCAUUAACUGGUUGGAAAAUUGGGUGGGCGAUUGCACCUGUGCAUUUAACAUGGGGAGUGAGGCAAGCCCAUUCGUACCUUACCUUUUCAACAUCGACUCCAAUGCAAUGGGCAGCAUCAACAGCGCUUAGCACAGCAGAUGCUUAUUAUGAGGAGUUGAAGAUAGAUUACAUGGCGAAGAAGAAAAUAUUGGUUGAUGGGCUUAAAGCAGCAGGUUUUGUGGUUUAUCCAUCGAGUGGCACGUAUUUCGUAAUUGUUGAUCACACCCCUUUUGGAUUUGAGAAUGAUGUGGCCUUUUGCGAGUACAUGAUUAAGGAAGUGGGGGUUGUUGCAAUUCCUACCAGUGUGUUUUACUUGAAUCCUGAGGAAGGAAAGAAUUUGGUGAGGUUUACCUUUUGCAAAGAUGAGGAGACUCUCAGGGCUGCAGUUGAGAGAAUGAAGGAGAGGUUGAAGAAGAAGUAGAAACUGUAGGAUGAGUAUUAUUUAUGAACGUUUUCUGAGGCAAGCAGCCGGGAUGGGAAUGUAAUAGAUGUUGAGGUUGAUAACCAACAUUCUAUUGUAAUAAAAGUACGAAAUUUGAGAUGACUAGACUAUUUUUUUGAAAGGGGUAUUUACAUUUAGACGAUGCUUACCAAAGUAUCUUGGCUCA